AUGUUUGAACAAGCCUUCCAAAUUGUAUCCAGCGGUGCCGUCACAGACAACGGCACCGUCACUCCGGAGCAGCUCAGCAUAGCGGCAGCUCUGAUUCCCCUCCUGGCAUUCCCUCUUCUCCCGCACCUGCACUCUCACAAAGUGGUCUUUUGGUCGUCUCUUCUAAACUUGGUGUCCUACACGUUCAACUACGCACUAUGGAUCCACGGGGCCCCCUACAUCCAUUUGCCCUACUUUGCGGUCUGCAUGACCGUUUUAUCCUUGAUGCUUGGGUGGUGGAUCGUAUUCGGAGAGAAGCCCUACACGGAAUGGGAAAAGGAUGAAGUAUCGUGGAGUGGCUACGUCGCUUGUGGCCUCGCUUCAUUGAAAUUUGCUACGCUCGGCGGCUACUUGAUUCCCUUUGACAAUCUCUCUGUAUGGAGGAACACGGCUCUGCUUCUGCUGUGGGGUACCCUUGUCGUUUUGGCUGUGGUUGGAAUAUUUGCAACAUUCCGAAAACCAUUCUCGACAUAUUUUUUCCAGUUUACGACUCGUCGAGUGCCGGUGCUGUUUUGGCUCGACAAAUUUGCCAUUCGAACCCACGCAGACGUCGAGGCUGGGGGCUACACUGCAGUGAACAGCCAGAGCUAUUCAGACGACGAUGUGCUGGCGGUCUUUACCGGCGUCACGAUGGACGACACCGACAACGAUGCCGAUGAUGAAGCCGGCGAUACGACCGAUCAAGAAGCCAGAGAAGACGAAAUACCAGAUGCCCGGCACCGUGCCGAACAAGACGAUGGGGAGAGUCCUGAAGGACAAUACUUUGGACGGUACUUUGUGCCAUAUCCUGGGUUCGAAUCACGCUUUGAGCAGCGCUUUACACCAGACCCCAGCCAACAGUUCAAACGACACUUUGAGCCGCAGUCUGGACAGCGCUCUGAGCGAGAAGCCGGGCAACACGGCCAAGCUGGCGGCAUCACACGCAAAACAGUGGAUGAAAGAUGCACGCUUUGGGGCAUCGCCGCCAUGGGAUUUGUGUGUGCCUCUGUGCCGGUGCUGCUGGCUCUGCAGUACAUUGCCCUGAACUACUAG